UUCCAAAGGCAGCCUAACGCUAUCCACCCUUCUUACGAAGCACCCAGUUCUUUGAUAUCAACAUCAGCCGCUGUGUUGAAGGGGAGCAAAUUCAAUCUCAACUAUCCCCAGUAUCUACAAAAUGCCUUCCAAAGCAUCAACAAAAGCCACGCCGACAGAUGGCUACUCCGUCAUCCGCACGGCCUUCCUCCUCGAAGCGAUCGCCAACCUUACCGCUUUACCCUUGAUCACACAUACAGAGCAAACGCUCUCUUUCCUUCUAGACAACCAGAAAGACGUCAACUCGGCAUUCGUCUUCUUCGUGCGUCUCUUCAGCGUAUGCGUCAUUGGUCCCCUCUCCACGGCGCUUUUUAUCGGCUCGACCAAUACUCGCAGUGGCAUCGGUAGCCGCAAAGCAACUUACUCGAUGAUCGCCGUUAGCGAGAUCCUCGCUAUCCUCGUUUUGGCAGCGGAAGUUGCGCAAGAGGGAGGAAGGGCUCCUGCUAUCAGCGCUCAGACAGCGGGAGCGAGUGCUGCGUUCUUCGGGAGCAUGCUGUUGUGGAGGAUAUAUGUGUUGUUUGUGAAGCCGGACAUGCUUUUGAAAUGA